AACUGUAAUUGACAGGACGACCCUCUUUUUGUGACUCCUCCCAAUGGCCAGACUCCCUUUUAAUAUACGGCUCUGGUCUCCUUAUUCGCGAACUUUAUUCAAAAGUACCCGCAGUCCUACCCACCCUGCGGCACGUGUAACGUGUAACAUGUCGCCACACUGCGCGGACAAACUAGACAAAGAUUACAGUACCAUUUUUGUUUUCCAUUUUGGUCCCAGAGGCGUGCGUAGCCCACCCUGUCACAAAAGGGAUCAUCAUCAUCAUCCUCCUGUUGGUGUUGGUUCCGUUACUUCACGUGUUCCAUUUGAAUCAUUUCUGAGGUACAGUGCAGUGCAGCGCCCGCAACGAACGUCUCGACGAACAUUUCACCUGCGCCAUUGCGUAAUUCCAGGACGAUCGAACGCCUGACAUGAUUCUGUAUGCCCUUAUAGUGAGGACUCACGACGGCUUACCGCUUUCCGCCUCCACCGAUGUCGGUGGUCAAAUCUACCGAGAGAUACAAGAAACGAGAAAGCACAUAAAACAACUCUCGAAGAAGCUCACACGACUUGACGACCGAUGCACGUUAAGGCUAAACACACAGCAUGUUAUUCAUUUCAUCUCCUCGAUGGGGGUCUCGUUCCUGGCUCUGUGCGAGAUAUCCUACCAACCAGUUCUGGCAUUCAGCUUUCUAGACCAACUCAUGAGGGAGUUCAUCAUCCUCUACAACACGCAUCAGAUAAACAAGGCGCUGCGUCCCUAUACGUUCAUAGAAUUUGACAGCCACAUCCAGAAAAUGCGUCAGCGCUACAAUUCCGGAUCACUGACUUCCAAAGUGAACCUGUCCAACCUCAUGGAAGAGAUGAAGCAGAGGCCACCACAGCAACUCAAACUUGAGAACAUUAUCUCAUCGAGCGAGAUGCUGCCUUCAGUACCAGAACGAGUAGGAUGGCUCGGAGCAACUGCCUCCAAUAAACGGAUUUUGGAAGAAGUUCGUCUAUCUCGCUUUAAGGUUCUGCUACAAAGAAGAGUUGGUGCCGAAACCCGGGAGUAGCCGAACGUCAGCGACAUAUCAACGACAUCAACGUGAUAGACGACUACGUGGACCAGCCUUGCAAUGGAACGUC